CUCAUCGCGCCGGUUGGUUUGUCUUGUUGGGUGUAUCGGUUUUAAAUUUGACAGCUAACGUUGCAGAUCUUCGAAUAUCGUCUCGUUUCGCCUCUUUCGGUUCACGUUUCCUGCGAACAUUCUCCGAAUUAUACCGUUCCGAUCGAUCGUGUCGCGUAUCGUUCGUGUCAGCGAUUACUGUUCGCGAAAUUGUACAGGUUAACGACCAAAAAUCGAAGGACAGUUGAGAAAAUGCCAGCGGACGCAGAAUUGAGUGAUCUGCUUAGCAGGCGACGAAGAAUCAACGAAGAGCUCGAAGAAGGGAAAGACGUGAAAAAGCAAUACAAAUUCGUGAACGUUUACACCGAGUUCCACGAGUUAUCCCGCCGCGAGAUCAAGCAGUACGAACAAACCUUCAACAGGUUCGAUGAUGGCCACGAUGGGUUCCUCGAUUUGUCCGAGCUGAAACGCAUGAUGGAAGUUUUAGAAGCACCGCAGACUCACCUCGGUUUGAAAGCAAUGAUACAGGAAGUUGACGAGGAUGGCGAUGGACGCAUCUCCUUCCGCGAGUUUCUACUGAUCUACCGCAAGGCACGUGCUGGUGAAUUAGAGCAGGAUUCUGGUUUGGGCCAGCUAGCCCGUCUUACAGAAGUAGACGUAGACGAGGUGGGAGUGACAGGGGCCAAACACUUCUUCGAGGCCAAGAUCGAGCAGCUACGUAAAACGAGCAAGUUCGAAGACGAAAUUCGAAUGGAGCAGGAGGAACGAAAACGAGAAGAGGAAGAAAAAGCGGCGAGGCGAGCACAAUUUAGGCAGAAAGCGGCAUUGUUUGGCAAUUAAGAGGGAAAACCGUGAAUCGAAAGUGCCCGAGCCUCGCUAUGCCUUAAUGGAAUCACAAACAAUUGCCUUGAUUCAAUUUACUGAUUUCACAUAGGAUUUAUCGAUCUGAACGUUCCGUAGAUUUAACUCGAAUCGUUAUUCUGCGUCGUUGAAUCGUUAAUUUUGAUAAAA